AUGUCAAAUGAAUUCGUUCAAAAGCUUCCAGUGCUAGUAGCCGUAAAUAAAAGUGAAAUGGAAGGAGCUUCGACAGCAGCUGAGGUGAGAAUGCUGCUUGAAGACGAUGAGCAUGAGUCAGAUCUCGCUGUUCUUCCAGUUUCAGCGCUCGAAGGUACAAAUAUAGAACGUUGCGUCCAUUGGAUCGUACGAACAUUGGCCAGUCAGCCAUUGUAUUUGUAA